AUGCCUUCUUUAAGACUGAGAUUCUUCAAUAAGCCCAGUGACAGAGUUGUUGCUGAGGGCGCAACCAACGUUGAUGGUGAUGAGGACGAAAUAAACUCUCCUGAAAAAUUAUCCGAUGUAGGCGAGCAUUCUGAUGAAGUCUCUACUGAUGCUGAAGAGGGAAUUAAAAAACUUGAAGCCGCACAGCUUGUGUGGUCCAAGAAGACGCUUUACUUUGUGUACGCCUGGAUUUGGGUUUGCUUCUUCGUUUUGGCCUUACAGUCUUCCAUUGGUGGUUAUGCGUUCAUCAAUGCUUAUUCUGCUUUCGGUUCUGCUCCUCAAAUUAAUACUGCCUAUAUCUUGGCUUCUAUUAUUGGAGGUAUAAUCAGAUUACCUCUUGCCAAGCUCCUUAACAUUUGGGGUCGUUCUGAAUCCUUCUUACUUUUCGUGCUCAUCUUUGAAAUUGGUAUAAUCGUAAUUGCAUCUUCAAAUGGUCCAAAUGCUGCAGCUGCUGGUUAUGUUUUGUACUGGAUUGGUUACGAUAUGAUCUACAUGAUCUUAGAUGUGUUCAUGGCUGAUACUACUGGAUUGAAGAACAGAGCAUUUGCUUUUGGUUUUGCUAGUACACCAUUUAUAUGUACCGCUUUCACUGGUCCACUUGCAUACUAUUCCUUCCUUGGAACUGGAGGAUGGAGAUGGGCUUACGGCGCUUUUGCUAUCAUUAAUAUUGCUGUUUUUGUCCCCCUUGCCGUAGUCUUCAAAUUCUACUCUUUGAAGGCUAGAAAAAUGGGUAUCUACAAGCAUGUGAGAAGUGAGAGAACUAUUUCCCAAAGUAUCGUGCACUACUUCCACGAAUUCGAUAUCGUUGGUAUGUUUAUCUUAAUGGCUGCUUUCUGUAUUUUCUUAGUUCCAUUUAGUUUGGUCACUUACGGUAGAGCUACUUACGAGGGUGCCACCUUUAUUGCAAUGGUUGUAGUUGGAUUCUGUCUUUUUCCAGUGUUUUACCUCUGGGAACGUUUCGGUGCAAGAACACACUUCAUUCCCUACGAUCUUGUCAAGGAUCCAUCUGUCUUCGGUGCCUGCUGUCUUGCCGGUAUAUUAUUCUUCAGUUUCUACUGUUGGGAUAACACUUACUAUAACUUCGUUAUGAUAGUCUAUGACUUGUCUGUAUCUGAUUCCGGAUAUAUGACCCAAAUCUACAACAUUGGAUCUUGUUUCUGGGGUGUUGUAUUUGGUCUCCUCGUACGUUACACCAAACAUUUCAAAUACAUGUGUCUUUGCUUCUUUCUUCCACUUAUGAUGCUUGGAGCAGGUCUUAUGAUUCACUUCCGUAGUGCAAAUCAUGGUAUUGGAUACGUUGUUAUGUGUCAAAUCUUUAUUGCCUUCGGAGGAGGAUCUUUGGUUAUUGGGGAAGAUAUGGCUGUAAUGGCUGCAUCUCCAACCAUCGAAGGGAUCCCUAUGAUGCUUGCUCUUCUUGGUCUUUCUUCGAGUGUUGGUGGAGCUAUUGGUGAUUCAGUUGCUGCUGCAAUUUACAACAAGGUUUUCCCAGACACACUUAAAAAGAACUUACCAGCCAGUACUGCGGAUGAUUGGGCUACCAUUUUCACUGGAGGUUACUUGACUCAAUUAACAUACCCAGUUGGAAGUGCUACGAGAAAUGCAAUUGACUUGGCUUAUGGAGAUACCCAGAAGUACGGUGCGGUUGCUGCGACUUGUAUUUUGAUAUUGGGAUUCCCAGCCAUUGGUAUCUGGAAGAACUUCAAUGUUGAUAGAAAACAAAACAAGGGUGCUGUUUUGUAA